AUGGCCGAUCCCGAGGGCCAAGCCGGGACAAUCCACUCGCGCUCCUCCGCGCCGCGGGUCCGCCUAACCUGCGAAGCAUGUCGCCAGCGCAAAGUGAAAUGCGACAAGUCAAGUCCUUGCACAAGCUGCCAGCGACUUGGACUUGUGUGUGUAUCGGUCGAGCGUGCGCGUCUCCCGCGCGGUCGCACGCGAAGACCCGAGCGGAUUGUAGGCUCAGACAAAGAACUAUCCGAGCGGGUAGCGCGACUUGAGAACCUUCUGAAAAGAGUCGCCAAUGAGCGGCAGGAUAGAUUACAGCUUCCUCAAACUACCCCUGCGCCCGCGUAUCCAUACGCGAAGCAGGAGCCGGUGACAGAGGCUAGCAACGCCGGUCUAGAUACCCGGCAGUAUCACAAUGACUACUUAUCCAGUGCAGGCCAGCCACAUCUUCCUCGCCCUGCAACUGCAUAUGUAGGGGGCUCCUUUUGGGAGGAUAUUAUGCAGCAGACCCAAGAAUUACGCAGUGUACUGGAAGGUCGUCUAGAAAAUGAAGAUCACAAUGUCAAAGAUUCGGCAUCUGGUUUUGGUACAUCGCUUGUGAGCUCAGAAAGCCCCGAGAGCUCGUCAAAUUCACCUCAAACCAACAAACCAUUAAACCUUCAACCCCAAAUCCGACAUAGGUUAUGUGACAUUUUCUUCCACAAUGUCGAUCCUGUCUUCAAAAUUCUACACCGGCCGUCCCUGCAAGCAUUUAUUAAAGAUGGCAAACCUUAUCUUGACUAUGAGCAAGAUCACCAGGCGCCAGCCACCCUUGCCUCGGCUAUGUAUCUUUGCGCUGUGUGCACUCUGGACGAAGUUGAAUGCCAGUCAAUGUUCAACACGAGCAAAAAGAUAAUAAUUGCAGAAUUUCAGAAAGAAACUGAGCUCGCGCUCGCAAGGGCGGACUUUGUCACGACAAACGACCUUACUGUCCUCCAAGCUUAUAUUAUCUCUCUGCUUGCUGCGCGGUGUCAAGACCAAAGCCGAAGGGUCUGGACCAUGCUGAGCAUGGCGCUUCGAGUGGGCCAGGCAUUAUCUCUCCACGUGCGCCAACCGCCAUUCACAGUGCGCCCUUUUGAAUAUGAAAUGCGCAAACGAGCAUGGCUAGGAAUUGGCCUUCUUGAUGUAGCAGCUUCUUUAGACAGGGCAUCCGAGCCGAUGAUGCAAUCCGCCUGGCUCGAUUACAAUCUACCGUCAAACAUCAACGACGACGACCUAUGGUUCGACAUGCCUGGGCCAAUCCCCGAACACACAGAAGGUAAAUUUACCGACAUGACGCACACGUUAGUUAUCGCAGCUUCAGCGUCCGUGACCCGAACCCUUGCCUUUUCCGACCUCAGCGAGCAAGCUGUAACCAUCAUGAGUUUACGGCAGCAAGUUGUUCACGAUUUCCAGCAAAAGGCAUCAGACCUUUUGAGCGGCUGCAGGCCCGACCUAUCUGAUUUCCAAUGGUACGCGCAAAAGACAGCGGGAGUUAUGGGUAGCUGGCUGCAGCUAGCAUGUCUACGGCCGCUAAAGCGAAGCCGGGACUUCAUACCCCCAAAGAUUCAAGAGAACGUCCUCCUCAAGAUAGCAGCUGAUAAUCUGCAUUGGUCGCAGGAGGCAUACGACUACCCAGGCGCCGGGCCUUGGCGAUGGUACGGCUCUAUGUGGGUUCCGUGGCAUGCAUUGGCUGUGGCCCUUGCCGAACUCUGCGUCUGUAAAAGCCCGGCGGUGAUGUCAAAGUACUGGACUGUCGUUGACAACGUUUACCAGCGCUCGCGACUCAUAAUUGCAGAUUCUGAGCACGGGAUGCUCUGGAGGCCUUUGGAGAGGCUCAUGUCACAGGCGAGAACUCGUAGAACCGAGCUUCUGGGUAUUGAGGCAGUGCCUCGGUAUCCUUUCGAUAAUAUGUCUCCCGGGUUACUUUCCAAACAACCCGGGCUUCAACAGGGUCUCACGGAUUUUUCGCUUGGGUUGGGAGAGGCCAUGUGUGAAACGCAAGAGCCGCAAAUCGCGGAAUUGCCGACUUCCUUUGCGCCGGUUCCCUGGCCUAAUGUGUGGGAUGCGAUGGAUCUCAGUGACCCGACCUUGCAAAACAAUUCCGAUGACACGGCUUGGCUGAGCUAUGAGAACUUUAUUGAGAAUGUUUACGAUAGCGUUGAUUCUAUUUUCUUGCCGCGGUGA